AUGCCUUCAAUCGCGGAUAUAGAAGACCAUUCUGGUAUCGACACGACUAUCGAGAGUCCGAUGUCGCAGCAAGAUACAGCAUUUAAAGAAGCCAUCGGUGAGCUCUCCAGCAACGAGAGCUUGCACAAUCCUGAAAGGACGAUCAGGGGCUUCCGCUGGUUUCUAGUCUGCAUCGCCAUCUUCUCCGCCAACCUCCUCUACGGACUAGACACCACUAUCUCGGCUGACAUCCAGGGGACUGUUUCAAAAGCCUUUAACAAUGUGACGCAGCUGGGGUGGUUAGGUAUUGGGUUUACCCUCGGCUCGACUGUGGCCAUUUUGCCGCUGGGCAAGGCGUAUGGUAUCUUCGACACGAAAUGGCUGUAUAUCGGCUGCUUGACCAUGUUCGCCGCUGGUAGUGCUCUAUGUGGCGCGGCACCCAGCAUGAAUGCCUUGAUCAUCGGACGUGUAUGGGCUGGUGUAGGGGGUGCUGGCAUGUAUCUUGGAACGCUUAACCUUGUUACUAUCACAAGCACCUCUCGGGAAGCAGCAUUCUACGUUGGAUUGAUAGGCUUUGUCUAUGGCGGAGGUUGUAUUCUGGGGCCGAUUGUUGGCGGUCUCUUCGCAGACAGCGGCGCUACAUGGCGAUGGGCUUUUUACUUGAAUCUCGUCAUAUUUGCUGUCACCUUACCAAUCUACCUAAUCGUGCUCCCUUCCUUCCCUCGUGAGGCUGACCGCAACUUUAUCCAGAAACUGAAAGAGCUCGACUGGGCCGGCAUCAUCCUCACGGCGGGUAUGUAUUUAUGCUUUGUCCUCGCAUUCACCUUUGGAGGCGCUAUCUGGGCCUGGAACGAUAGCCGUGUGAUAGCCCUAAUUGUGCUCUUUGGUGUCGUUACCGCUUGCUUUGUCACGUCGCAGCAUCUAGCAUUCUUGACCACUAAGAAGAACAGAUUGUUUCCGUGUGACUUUCUACGCAACCCGCAGCUUGUUCUGCUCUACAUCUGCAUGGCAUGCGGUGGUGCGGCGUUGUUCGUCGCCAUCUAUUAUAUUCCGCUCUAUUUCCUGUUCGUGUACGGCGACAGUGGCGUGCAGGCUGCAGUGCGCUUGCUCCCGUUUGUCUGUGUAUACGUCUGCUCCAUACUGACGUGUGGUUAUGUGAUGCCUCGCGUGGGUUACCACAUAGUAUGGUACCUUGUCAGCGCCAUUUUUCUGAUUUGUGGAGGUACCGCUAUGUAUACUAUUAGGGCAGACACCUCUCCUGCCCACGUGUAUGGCUUCUCUGUGCUGGUUGGUCUGGGCCUUAUAGUCAGUCAGGCCAGCUACUCUGUCGCUGCUUCGAAGGUGGACGCCGAUCGAAGCGCCGAGGUCAUUCAGUUCUUCAAUAUCUCACAGGGCCAGAGUCAACUGCUGGGACUGGUCAUUGCGAGCUCAAUCUACCAGAGCACUGCAUUUGACGGCAUGAAAUCUGCGCUGGCUGGUCUGGGGUUCUCGGACAGCGAGAUUCAGACAGCCAUUGCCGGCGCACAGAGUGCCAUUCUUGAACAAAUCAGCCCAGAGCUCCGUGCCAAGUGCAUACAGAUCAUCGUCAGGUCAAUCGGGUAUGACUGGUUGCUGGUUGUAGUGGCCGGUGCGCUACAACUGAUAUGUGCACUCUUCUUGACUAAAAAGCGCUUCUAA